GCCUGGAGAAAGUGCCCCCCAUUGCAACUCAAGCCAGGCUGCGGAGAAUCCGGUGAGAGCUUCCCCACCUCGCCCCCCUUCAAACUCCUCAGACCGCAGAAUGCCCAGAGAAAGCGCCCCCCCAUCCCAACUCAAGCUGGGCUGCCGAGAAUCUGGCUCAAGCUUCUCUGCCCCACAGCACCCCCACCCUGCGCCCCACUUACCUUAGGUGGCGGCGGUCCUGGGCAGCCUACUGAGGCCUGGCAGGGCAGGACCAAGGGGAGCCAGCCGGUGGCCCCGCCAGGCUGCUCCUUCACACUGCGGACGCUCCACCCUGUGAAGGAGCAGCCUGGAGGGCCAGGCCAGGCCGAAGGGGGAAGGAGGAGGGGUGUGGGGGCAAAUAAGAAAAAAAGAUUACUGAACGUGACUGAAUGUCGGCCCACCCAGGGCAAAAGUCCCCAUAUAUCCCUGUGGAAGCUCCUUCUCUGUUUAUAAAGUGGAGAGACCCCAGUGGAGAAAACAGCAGAGUAUAAAUGAAGUAAAUAAAUAAAGCAGAAGAUAGGGGAGCAGAUAAAAGUCAAGUUGGGGGGUGGUGGGAAGGAGAAAAAGAAGCAGGGAAAGCUGAGAGAAUAUGGAGGUUCCCUGGAAGAGGGAAAGAGGAAAUAAUGUAAGGAAGAAUGUAUGUGGGAAGGUGAGGUGACCCCCCACAAGUCCAUGUGGGUUUCCCGCUUGCCAUUCUAAAUUUCAUGCUGGCUAACAAAGUUUCCUCAUCUACUUCUCAAAGCAGGUAGACUGUUUUGAUACCCAAUAGCUGCAGAUAGGAGGACAUUGGUAUACGAUGCAGAAUCAGCAUGAAAACUAUCUGUAUUUAAGGAACUUGUAUGUUUUAAAAUGUUUUCCUGCAUGUAGCUACAUUUGGUGCCUACCGUUUCCCUGAAAGAUGAACUGUAGAGCCGAAAAACGUCGUCUGGGACUCUUUUCUGAAAAGAAGAACUAAAGAAUCCACUGAUAGCCUCAUCAUGGGACAGUUUUUCCACACUCUUCACAGGAUUAAGAAAAAUGAUACCGAACUGGAGUUGUGGUCAAUCAACAAAUCUGAUUUCUACAGGGAAUUUCGGACAGUUGCCAACAUAGGCAUGCCAUUCUGCAUUUUAGGAUUAAUUGGGAAUGGAAUUCUCUUCUGGCUUAUCUGCUGCACCAUCAAGAAGUCAAGAUUCACUGUAUAUUUUGCAAACGUAGCAGCUGGUGAUUUUAUUAUACUCCUCCACUAUUUUGUUGCCUACCUUCUAAUUUUUUUGCCAGCUCGCUCUCAUUUUUACAGGCAUCUAGUAAAACUCAUAUCAUUACUAUUUGGAUCUGAUGGCAAUGUCUAUUUUUUAACUGUGAUCAGUGCUGAAAGGUAUAUCAUGGUCAUUUCCCCAGCCUGGCCUCAACCUCACCGGCCGAAGCAUCUCACAGCCAUUCUAGUUGUCAGCCUUUGGACCUUGUCCUGCCUACUGACAACAAUAGAAUAUUUUCUUUGCCAUCCAAAAUACUUGCCAUCCCACAUCAUUGGAUUUUUAUACUGUCAUACUGCAAUAGUACUCCAAUAUAUCAUCGACAACAUAGUAUUUCUUCCUGUAUUGCUCUUUUGCAUCCUGGGUCUUUUCAUCAAAAUACAAAAAAGGCCACCACAAAACGUUAUAGCAAGGCUUGAUAUCAGCAUUAUGGCCGUAGUUUUUCUGCAUUUUACACUCUGUACAAUUCUUAAUUUAACUGUUUUUGCUAAUUAUUUGGUUGCAUUUAUGCCUAGCUCAAAAUACCGUAGAGCUUCUCUGAUACUUGACUGUGUGGACAGCGUUGUCAAUCCUUUUGUAUUCCUUUUUGUUGGCUACUGGAAGAAGAAGGGCCAGGUGGCCUUUCAUGUGCUUAUUGAGAGAAGUUUUGAGGAAGAAUCUAACAGUAGCCUGGAAACACAACCAGACCAAGAGCAGGCCUGAAUGUGUCUGGACACCCAGAUGCCAAUUAGAAAGGCAACACUAAAAAAAGAAAAAAAGAAUCAACUACAAAUUGUAGCUUCAGAAUAAAUGUAUAU